AUGACCGACCCCGUGCUGAACGACAUCUCCCACAGGCGCUUCAACAUCCUACGAGGAAGCUGGAUACUAGUUUCUCCGCACCGCACAAAGCGACCAUGGCAAGGCAUGCAGGAGUCUCCGUCCAAGACGACCCUCCCAGAAUAUGACCCAGAGUGCUAUCUGUGUCCCUCAAACACGCGGGCAAAUGGCGAACACAACCCCAAAUUCGACAAAACUUUUGUCUUUGUCAACGACUACAGUGCCGUCAUGGAAGAGCAGCAAGAGUAUGACACCAGUACCAAGGACGGAUCGCUCGCUUCUCGCUUACUCCGCGCCGAGGCCGUUACUGGAAAGUGCUAUGUUAUCUGCUUUUCCCCUUCUCAUAAUCUCACUCUUGCCGAUAUGUCGCCGGCGCAGAUCGUUCCUAUAAUAGAGACCUGGACCAACAUCUACGUUGCACAUCUGGAUCCCAAGUCGCCACUGGCCAAGCUUGCAUCCGCUACUACUCUCCCGCCCCUAUCACAGGGCACUCUUGCAGUUCCGAAUGCUCAGUAUCGGUACAUGCAGAUUUUCGAGAACAAAGGCACAGCAAUGGGCUGCUCAAAUCCCCACCCGCACGGACAGGUCUGGACUACCACGUCCCUACCAGAAGAGCCUGCGUUGGAACUUGUACAGCUGAGUAAAUACCGCAAAGAGCAAGGAGGCGCUCACAUGCUCGUUGAUUAUGCCGAGUUGGAAUCGAAAGAGAAGACCCGUACUGUUUUUGAGAACGAGAGCUUCUGGGCGGGUGUGCCUUACUGGGCAGUAUGGCCGUUUGAGAUCAUGGUCGUUCCAAAGCAGCAUAAGCGGUCGCUGGUCGACUUUACCAAAGACGAGCGAGCACAGCUGGCAGAGUGUAUAGCAGAGAUUACGAGACGCUACGACAACCUCUUUGAGACUCAGUUCCCUUACAGCAUGGGUCUUCAUCAGGCUCCUCUCAGCGGCACAGCUGACGAGAUUGAGUCCAGCCAUUUCCACAUCCACUUCUACCCUCCGCUCCUGCGAAGUGCCACAGUCCGCAAAUUCCAAGUUGGCUACGAGAUGAUGGCCGAGCCUCAGCGUGACAUCACCCCAGAGCAGGCUGCAGAGCGUCUUAGGGCAUGUGAUGGAGAGCUUUACCGGAAGAAGCUCGAAUCGGCCCCAGCCACCAACGGCGUAAACGGCGUGAACGGUGUCAAUGGUGUUAACGGUGUUAACGGCGUGCACUAG